AUGGCCAACUCCAAUGACAGUAAUGCACUGUCCUCUACAUUCUACCUUAUAGGAAUCCCUGGCUACGAGGCAGCUCACUGCUGGAUUUCCAUCCCCUUCUGUUUCCUUUAUCUGAUUGGGAUAGUUGGUAAUAGCACCAUUCUUCACAUCAUUCGGACUGACCCAAACCUCCAUGAGCCCAUGUAUUACUUUCUCGUGCUGUCCUUUACUGAUAUGGGUAUGUCCCUUUCCACGCUGCCCACUGUGCUCAGGAUCUUCUGGUUCAAUGCCAAUGAGAUCACCUUUGAUGCCUGUGUGACCCAAAUGUUCUUCAUCCACUCUCUGUCACUGAUGGAGUCAGCUGUACUCCUGGCCAUGGCCUUUGACCGCUAUGUGGCAAUCUGUAUUCCUCUGAGGUAUGCCACCAUCCUCACCCCACAGCGCAUUAUUCACACAGGAGUGAUUUUAUUUCUUAGAAGUACUGCCCUCUUACCACCCUUGCUCAUUCACCUGUUGUGGUAUCCUUUCUGUGACUCCCAUGAACUCUCUCACUCAUUCUGUCUACAGCAAGAUAUGAUUAGGUUGGCUUGUGCUGACACCACCUUCAAUGCCAUGUAUGGUCUGGCUUUGGUUAUAUUUUUCUGGGGUGUGGACUCCCUAGGAAUAAUUGUCUCCUAUAUCUUCAUCCUCCGUUCUGUGCUGAGCAUCGCAUCCUGGGAGGAACGCCUCAAGACCCUCAACACAUGUGCCUCCCAUAUCUGUGCUGUCCUCAUUCUCUAUGUGCCUAUGAUUGGGCUGUCCAUGGUACAUCGCUUUGCCAAGCACUCCUCCCCUCUUGUUCACAUCCUCAUGGCCAACAUUUACCUGCUGGUGCCUCCCGUGAUCAACCCCAUCAUCUACAGUGUCAAGACUAAACAGAUACGUCGUAGGAUCCUCCAGCUGCUGGCACCGCAGAAAAGUCUCUCUGCCUUCAGGUGA